AUGCAUGCUCAUUUGAGGCCUAUCACGUGCCUGGUAUUCAGUGAUGACGAUUCGCUUCUGGUUUCGGCGGCCGAGGAUGGUUGUGUUAGAGUCUGGCCUCUUUUGACGGUGGUUGGUGUUCAACAAAGAGAUCAAGCAAGUAAUCUCUACUUGCAUAGCUUUGCAGAGCACACUUUGCCUAUAACUGACUUGGUAAUGGGACACGGGGGUGGGAAUGCUGUUAUAAUCUCAGCUUCCGAGGACAGGAGUUGCAAGAUAUGGAGCUUAUCUAAGGGCGUUUUGUUAAGAAGUCUUGUGUUUCCCUCCAUAAUCAAUGCAUUAGCUCUGGACUCUUGGGAACUAGUGUUCUAUGCUGGUGGUAGAGACGGAAAUGUAUAUACUGCUGCACUAAAUGCUAGUACCUUGGACAAAAGUGAUUGGCCUCACAUUAUAGGCUCUUUUCCUAGUCAAAGCAAUGCUGUGACUUCCUUAGCAUACAGUGGCAGUAGGAACAAGUUGCUUGCUGGAUUGGAUGAUGGAUUCAUUCGAGUUUGGGAUCCCAAGACACGUAACUUUGUUUGCACAUUCAAACAAGCAAAAGGUCCCGUGAAUAAUAUCCUAGUCAUGAAGCGACCUCAAUGCGUAAAUCCUUGGAUGUCAGCAUUUACUUUACUGCUUGAUAAAGGAGGGCCGAAAUCAUUGCUACCACCUCCCAAACUGCAGAAAUACCCAAACUUGACAGAUGACCUCUCACUCACUCAUGCAGUCAUUAACCUGCCGCGGAUUUACAAUAAUCCUCUCGCAGUAUGUUCUUUCACCCUUCAAAUGAUUGACGGUCAACUUAAAGGACCUGAGCAGAAUGAUUCUUCAGUGGUGGCGAAGAUUGAAGUGGAGAAGCUGAAACAUGAUUGUGCAGAGUAUAAGCAAAUGCUUGAUAAGUGGAAGAGGAGGUAUGAUGCUCUGCAUGAAUUCUGCAUGGACGAGUUGUUGGCGGGAGAUAGACCCCCCAAAAGGUUGGUCAGGCCUUUGAGUAGUGAUCACAAAAGUAAAUCAUUUGGGGGAAACUCGGGCUAGAGUUUUUAUAGUAGUAGUUUGUUUCGCUUCAUCUCUCGUCUGAUGAUUGCAGUUUAUUUACAACAAGUUAUGCUCGUGUGUUGAGAGGAAAUGUUGUUGGCAGGAAAUAGAACCCCCUAAAAGGUUGGUCAGGCAUUUGAGUAGUGAUCUUUGAGUAGUGAUCUCAAAGGUAAUUCAUUUGGGGAAAACUCGGGCUAGAGUUUCUAUAGUAGUACGUUUCGCUUCAUCUCUGUUCUGGUCAUUGCAGUUUAUUUACAUCAAAUUAUGCGUGUGUUGAGAGGAAAUUUCUGCCUAUCGCCAAAUUAAUAUGUGAAGAUAUAUGACUUUUUACCAGUGAAAAUACGGUAUAUAUAAAAUAUGUAUGGGU